AUGCGUAAUAUUUUACUAUCAACUAUUUGGCUUAAUAUUCUCGAAAUGAUACAUCGAUGUAAUGGAUGUUUAGCAACCAGUGCAGUUGUACCACCAAAAUUACGUCCAACCACUUAUAAUCCACGAACUCCAACAACAACCGUUGCACCAAAUGUUCAAUGUUUCCCAAUUGCCAGGCAGAAACGUGAUUCUUCCUCUUCCGCUUCCUCAUAUACAGAGAGCUUGUCGAAUUUGCCAAUGAAUUGCUUGCCAAUUGAUUAUCUGAAAAAUGCAAUCGUUGAAAUGAAAGCAGGUCUGAUACAAAAUGACUCACCCAAUUCUGAAUCAAAAAUGGAAGAAAGCGCACAUUUUCCUCCACCAAUCUCGAAACAUCCAGCAAUUGCUAUUGAACAUCGCACUGUCAAUGAUCAUAGUGAUAAGGACAAACUUAUAUCUUUGAAUCAUUCAGCUAGAAAAUUAUGUCAAGAUUUUGAAUGGGAUGGACCGAUUUAUUUCUAUAAUCAAUCACUGAAAAUGAAAGUACCAUAUUGCUAUAAGUAUGUUGCAAGUAUUGAUGAAGAAACGGAUGAAUUAACCAGAUUGAUACAGAAAAAUGCACGUGACAAAUGUCGUUCAUAUAGUAGUAGUCAAAGUGGUGGACCAUCUGAUUUAGUGUCUAUUCAUUCUAAUGAUGAAAAUUAUGAAUUGCAAAGUAUAUUAUCAUUUUUUGGCUGGGAAUCAGCAUGGAUUGGUCUUGCUUACGAUGAUGUACGCACUACGUGGCAUUGGAUAGAUGGUACAACUUUAUCAUUUUCAAAACUUUCACUUCGUAAUCCAGCUCAGCAUUGCGCAAUAAUACUAACCAAUGGUUCCUGGGUAUCGGAAGAUUGCAAAAGCAACAGUGUGUCACAUUUUAUCUGUAAAAAACGAGCAAUUGUAUAA